CGUUCCGAUACAGACGUCCACAAUGUAUCUCAUAUCGAUAUUGUUUUUUAUAUCAGCAGUGUACGCACUGCCAAACCCAGAAAUAGGGGAAUCUCCAAAGAAUUUAGUGGAACCGAAUGUCGAAAGUACGGCGAGGGCGAUGAAGAAGGAUUGCACUAGUGGAAUUUUCAGUCCAACAUGUUUGAAGAUUGAAGCCAUCUCGAUGCUUGAGAAGCUCAGUGCGAAAGAAGAGCUUCGUCUUCUUCCUGGAGUCAGCGUUGUGAAAGAAGAUAGCAAAGAAAAUGGGAGCAAGGUUGAAGAGUUUGCAGCUGAACUAGCCAGGUCGUUCCCUUCGAAGCCAGAUGAGAGACUGGACAAAUAUCUGCUGUACAGACUUGGAAACUAUUUGGACACACAUACUGUGAAGCUGAGGCUGUUAGAUGAGAAUGCUGCUGAGGAGGCCAGAGCUUUGGUUGGAGAGGCGAGGGGUAAAGGUGGACUUGGGGGAAAGAAAGGAGGAAUGGGUGGAUUGUUAGCCGCUGGAUUGUUGAUGAAAGGAACCCUCAUGUCCAUGGGAUUGGGAGCCCUAGCCCUGCUCGCCGGCAAAGCCCUGAUGACCGCCAUGAUGUCUCUUCUGCUCUCAGCCAUCAUCGGUAUCAAGUCUCUCUCUGGAGGCAAAGGAUCCACCACUUAUGAAAUAGUCUCUAAGCCAAUCUACACUCACUCUCAUUCUCACUCUACUGCUCAUGAGGAUGUCGGUGGGUACGGACACUCAGGGUACGGUAGGAGUAUGAAUGUUAGGAGACGCUAAGAGAUCCAAAAAUGAAUUUAUUUAUAUGAUUUAUUUAUUGGGUUGAG